GUCACUGUCAGAUAAUAAGUUUAAUAAAGUUUACUAAAAUUGUGUUUAUUGAUUGAAAUUUAACUACCAGUUUCAAUGGUUGGUAAAAUAUGUACCGUGUGCAAGCAGUCUUCUGCUGCGAAUAAAAGUCUCUCCUUCUUUAUUUAUCCUAGCGAUAGAGAAAGGAGAUACGAGUGGCUAAAAGCAGUCGACCGUUUAGAUUUACUCGAUAAACUUGUUGACAGCAAAUCAAGAGGAAACCACAGGAUUUGCGAAGCACAUUUCCAUGAUAGCUUCAUUAAGAAAUGUGAUGGACUCGCUAAGAGUAGAAAAUGUCUCACUAAAGAUGCACUCCCGUGUUUAGAACAUGUUAACCAAGCUUUUCUCAUGAAUGAAUCGUCUAGUAACAGGAAAAAGAUAAAACAUCGUAAAAGGAAGCUUAUAAAGACUGAUGAAACAGCUAAUAAUAUAAAUGAACCCGACAACAUGGAUCCGGUUGCGUCCGAAUGUGAGAAUACUGGCCCAGUUUCUGAGAUGGAAAUAUCACCAGAUGAAAUUAAGGUUGAAAAGAUAGAUGAGGAUACAACUAUGCAUAUCUCAAGUCCUGAGUUGACUGGUUUUCCUGACUUAUCACAAUUCUGUGAAAGUGUUAUGAAAGUCACGAAGGAAACACAGACCUCUCAAGAUGCUGACAGAAGAAGGAAGCUUGAUCCAUUUGAAACAAAUGAACAGUUUAUACAAAGUUGCAGCAAAAACCUGUCUAAAGGCAUGGUGCAACUUAUCAAAUGGCAACUGAACAAUAAAGACAAUGCAGACAACUAUAAAUUUCACAUGUUUGCUCUUAACUUAUAUUUCUCUGGUGCAAACUCAUACAAUCUCCUAAAAGAUAUGAUGGGUUUGCCAGAUAUAAAUGCUUUAAAGAAACUAAUUGUACCACAAACUACAAAGUUUGACAACAAAUUGAUAAAUGCUUUAAAGAUAAAAGUUGCCAACAUGUCUGCUAGAGAAAAGAUUUGCAGUUUGUCUAUAAGCAGUAUGCCUGUAAAGCCAAGUUUAUACUAUAAUAUAACGAGAGAUAAAGUAGAAGGUUUCCACGAAAUAGACGGUGUGCAGAAGAUUGAGCCAGCAAAAUAUGCUUUAGUAUUCAUAGCCCAAGGUAUUGUAGAAAAAUGGACACAGCCCAUAGCCCAUGCUUUUAUUUCUCACCUUGAAAACUCUCCCGACAUAUCUAUAUGGGUAGAGGAAAUCAUCACCUUGCUUAUAGAUGUUGGCUUAGACAUGAGAGCCUUUGUAUCGGACCCAGAGACUGAAAUACUCUACAUGCUCGAAUCUCAAAAAGUAACUCCAGAGAAAACUUAUUUUUCAAUUAACGAUAAAAAUAUUUACUACAUCUAUGAUACUAAAAAGCUGCGAAAAACUGUAGAAAGUCACCUAAAUAAAUGUCACUUCUAUAUCAAAGGGUCCUGCUCAGAAGAUGACGACAACAAUCUAUUUGCAAAGAAAUUUAAUAAACUUUGUCAUAUGCUGAACUCUAAAACUCAUGUUAUCAUGUCUCCUUUUAAAAGGGCAUUUUCAGAUAGAAAAUAUCAAAGAACAUUUCUAGAUAAUUUUUUAUUGAUGCUUCAAAACUUGAAAGUAAUAAGAAAAAAUGAUGAAAAGGAUAUUACAAAAAGUAUGAAGUUCAUAGAGAGUAUUCAAAUAUCUAUUAUAUCUGUAAUACAAUUGUAUAGUGAAUUAAAAAAGUUAGGAGCAAAAAUGUUGCUUACUAGUAGGCUAAGUCAAAACUCCAAUGACAAGUUUUCGGCAAUGACUAGGAGUAAAGGCAAAAAGGGUUCUACUAGACACUUUAAAAGGACUUUCUCUAGAUGUUUUGUAUACAGCAUGUUGAAAAAACCUGCUGGGGAUAGAAAAGCUGACUCGGCAAGUGGUCCCCAAUUCAGGCCACAAUCCCUGCUAUCAGUGGGCAAACAUGUCAAUCAGACAAUAAAAGUAGCCACAACCGAUUACAGAUUGGCUUUACCAGACAAGAAGAAAUUUGAAACAGUAUGCCGAUAUCUGUACUUGAAAUGCAUAGACCACCACUCAUGCAACACUUUCAGAGACUACUUGAGUAGGUGCCCAGAGAGUCGGCAGUAUGUACCUCCUUACCGCUCUAGUGCACUCCUUGACAUCCGGAAUUGCAAGUUAGUUCCCCCACAAAGCUUUAAAGACUUCAUAAUGAUAUUAGAGAAGAGGUUUAGGGACUAUUGCAGGCAAGAUGUGAAGAUAAACAGUAUAGGGCAUCAAAUAUUAAAGAAAAUAUCAAGUUUUGAAUUUGAAACACCAUGCCAGUGUUUUCCUCUUGAUUAUCUUAAGAAAUUAUUUGUAAGACUGAGAAUAUAUUAUGCUGUUCGAGAAAAUAAUAAUGUGCGUAACAGGGAUAAAAAUCAAUUAUUUAAGAAUUUUAUUUUAUAAGGUUGUGUAGUAUUCAAGGCUGAAAUUGCAUAUUUCAAGUGGAAACCAAAACUCACUGACUUCAGAGCUGUGAGGUGUAAUAAAAAAAGGCUCAUGUUUGUUAAUUUAUUUUUUGGAAUUAGUGAGUGAGUUUCAGUUUUCACCGGUUGAUUUAUAAAUACAAAAUAAAACAGUGCUU